AUUUGAAUCAAAAAAUUGAACGAAUAUUGUUUAUUUCAAUAAAUAUUAUUAAAGGUAAGAAAAUAAUUAAACUUUCUAUUUCAAUUUUCAGAAUUGUUAUUAUAACUUUAAGUUAUCCAUUAGCGCAUUAUGGCUACCUCAUCGCGAAGUAAAAAUCCCUUAUGGAAUUAUUUUAAAGUGAGUGAUGAAGAUGUUGGCAAAGCCAUCUGCAUACUUUGCAAGAAGAUUUUGUCUAGAGGAAGUAAAGACGCACACAACAUGUCAACAACAAAUUUACAAAACCAUCUGAAAAAAGUACAUUACAAUAUACAUAGCAUGAUUCUUUCUCAGAAGAAAAUUAUUAACCACGAAUCUUUACCAAAUCCAAAUGAAAAGUCUAUAAAACAAUUUUGCACUACUCGAACAAUAUGCUCAGAUAGAACAAGCUCUGCUGAAUCAGUGCAAAUCAUUACCAGCACUGCCACAGAUGAAACGCAGGGAAGCUCGCGUGUGUCUAAUAACACAAUUGCCUUUUUUCAAAAAGCAUCGACACAGGUCUCACUGCGGGAGAUUUUGCAAAGAAAAGAAUUGUGGCAACUUGAUAAUCCUAAGGCUCAAGCUAUUACCAAGCUUAUUGGAGAAAUGAUAUGUUUAGACUUGCAGCCAUACUGUAUUGUUGAAGAUAAAGGUUUUAUCCGACUUUUAAAGAAUUUAGCUCCAAACUAUACAAUACCUAGUCGAAAGUAUUUCUCCACAAAAGUCAUUCCACUGAUGUAUGAAACCAUAAAAGCCAAAGUAAAAUAUGAGCUUGAUCAAGCAGAUUUUUUAAGUUUAACUAGUGAUGGUUGGACCUGUCAGCACACAAUUCAAUAG